AUGAGCGACAAAUUACAAGAUACAUACAAUAAAAGAGGACAAGGAUCUCAAGACAGGACCGACAAGAGGUUUAGAAACAAUACCGGAGGUUUAUCGGCCUUUCAAAGAGAACAACGGCUGGUGUCUCAUUAUGGUCCCAAAGACGAUGUCACUCCAUCUGGGAGAUCCGAAUGGGAUGUGUUGAGGGAGAAUCAUCGAUUCAUUAGAGAUGACGAAGAACCCACCGACGUCCCAUGGGAAGAACGAUUAGCGAGAGCUUAUGAAUCCAAGUUGUUCAAAGAAUUCGCUUUGAUCGAUUUGAAACAUUAUAAAUCCAAACGACUGGCUUUACGAUGGAGAACAGCACCUGAAGUCGUAGAUGGGAUCGGUGAAGACACUUGUGGAUCUUUACGAUGUAAAUAUCAUCUUCCUAUCACUCAAUCGACAACUUCCAAAAGAAGGGAAUUACCGAGAUUGAAAACAUUUGAAUUACCUUUUGUAUAUGAAGAAGCUGGAGAAAGAAAGGAAGCUCUGGUCAAGGUUAGAUUAUGUCCGAAAUGCGAGACCAAGUUGGUUUGGAAACCUGGGAAAGACGAUGUUAGUGGUAGUGAGGAGGAACUUCAAAAGAAGGAAAGACAUCAGUUGAGGGAGAAGACGGAAAAGAGAAGAUCAAGAUCAAGAUCUCCGGAACGUAGAAGAAAACGACAAGAUGAUGAUGAAUGA